AUGACGACUCCUGUGAUCAACUGUGUGUCCCUACGAGAAUUGCAAUUGGAUGGUGUGCGCAUAAGUGAAGAGGCACUCCAUGCCAUAUUGUCUUCUUGUAGCUUGCUUGUGAAGAUAAAGCUUUUCAGUUGCAAGGGGUUCAAAACCAUCAAGGUUAAAAACCUUCAUUGUCUUUACGAAUUAAGAAUAUUUGUGGGUGGUAGAUAUCAACAGUCUACUGCUUUCGAAAUCAGUGAUGUCCCGAAUCUUAGUGGGUUUAGUUGCAAUCUACAUUUUCCUUUCAAAUCCGAUUCAAUAUCAUUAAGAAGCAACGUGACACAAUUAAUGUUAGACGGUAGUGUGAUAACCGACAAUGCGUGUCUUUACAAGAUCAAAUCGGGAUUUCCUUUUCUCGAGAGUUUGACGCUUGGUGAUAUGUCAUCUUGGAAGUUGGAAAGCUUCCAUUUCACAUGUGCUUCGAUCGAGAGAUUGACCUUGAAGUUGUGCCCAUACACGCUUAUCGACAUUAGAGUAAAUGCUCCAAAAUUACUUAUUUUCUGCUUUGAUGGUGUCGCUUUGCCUAAUCUCUUGUUUCCGGUCUCUACUCUCAAGCCAAUUGAGGUUUCACUCAGACUCGAUCUUCCUGUUGAUGCUUAUGUUUUUCUGAAGAUGAAGGAAUCACUCACGUUGUCAGAAAAGUGCUAUGUUCGUAUAACAACUUUCAACUCUGAGCUGCCAUUGGACAUCGACAUCGACCAUCUAAGAACAAGGCUCCUGUCUCCCCCUGCUACGAACGUGCAAGAACUGUGGUUUGAAACGAAUGGGGAUUAA